AUGAGAAGUAACUUCUUUCCACCUCCAUUGAAGCGCUCAAUUCCCGGGUUAUCCGACCCGAUUCAAAACGGAUCUUCCAAGCGCCCGAAGUCAUCUCCUCCCGGACAAGUGACAUUCCGUCUUCUCUGCAACUCCUCCCGCAUUGGCGGCGUCAUUGGCAAGUCUGGCUCCGUAAUCAAAACCCUCCAACAGUCAACGAGCUCCAAGAUCCGGAUAGAGGAUUCUCCGAAUGAAUCGCCGGACCGAGUCAUCAAUGUCAUUGCCUCCGGUGCUCCGGAUGGAAAUGUUAUACUGGGCGGCGAGGCAAUUGAUGCUUCGAUUGCUCAAGAAGCGCUGCUGAGAGUGUUUGAUAGGAUUCUGGAAGUUGCGGCGGAAAUGGAAGGGGUUGAGAUUGGGGAUAGGAUAGUGUCUUGCCGGUUAGUUGCUGAUGCGGCGGAGGCGAGUUCUGUUAUCGGGAAGGGAGGGAAGGUGGUGGAGAAGAUAAAGAAAGACACUGCGUGCAAAAUUAGGGUUUGUAGGGAUAAUUUACCUGCUUGUAUAUCCUCUCCUGACGAAGUGAUUGAGAUAGAAGGCAGCGUGUCAUCCGUAAAGAAGGCACUUGUUGCGGUCUCUCAUCGUCUUCAAGAUGGUCAUCAUGCUGAUAGAGCAAAGAUGACGGGACAAAAUCCUUAUGAAACUUUAGUUGGAGUACCUCGUGAGACUUCAAAUUCAGCUCCACAUGAUACUUUAAUUGGAGCUCCACGUGAGACUUUAAUCGCAGCUCCACGCGAAACAUUAACUGAUCUGCAUGUGGAUCAUCUUCUGCAAAGAGGCUCCGCACUCUUUGCUUCACGUAAUUGCUCUAACAGCCAUACCACUGGAGUUCAUUCCUUGUCGGCAGAAGUUAAUAGAGUCUCAUCCCUAGAACCAAAAGCACAUCAGCAAGAAAUCAACUUCAAAAUUAUUUGUUCCAACGAUAGAAUUGGAGGUAUCAUUGGAAAGGGUGGGAACAUAAUUAGAGCUCUUCAGAGUGAGACAGGGGCCACUAUAAGUGUGGGCCCUUCAGUAGCUGAAUGUGAGGAUCGAUUAAUUACUAUUACCGCUUCAGAGAGUCCCGAGUCAAAAUAUUCCCCAGCACAAAAGGCCGUGGUGCUUGUUUUCUCCAGGUCUGUUGAGGCUGGUAUUGAGAAAGGGAUAGAUCCUGGAUUAAAUACAGGUUCACCUGUGACUGCACAACUUGUAGUCCCAUCAAACCAAGUUGGUUGUUUGUUAGGAAAAGGCGGAGUAGUUGUGUCAGAAAUGAGGAGGGCUACAGGGGCUAGCAUACGAAUAAUUGGAACUGAUCAGGUUUCUAAAUGUGUGUCAGAUAAUGAUCAAGUUGUACAGAUAUCAGGCAAGUUUCAAAACGUACAAGAUGCAUUAUUUAAUGCAACUGGUAGACUGCGAGAUAAUCUUUUUGGUGGCACACAGAAUAGUGCUGGGACAAGGAGCCUUUCCUCCGUAGAAGCUGAUACCAGUCCCUAUGGAAGACUAAGAGAUAUUCCUUUUGGAGGCCAAUCCUCUUUACGAGCUGAUACUGGUCCAUACGUAAGACCGAAAAAUGUUCCUUUUGUAGGCCAAUCCUCUUUACAAGCUGAUACCAGUCCCUAUGUAAGACUCAGAGAUGUUCCUCUUGGAGGCCAAUCCUCUUUACAAACUGAUAUCAGUCCCUAUGUAAGACUGAGAGAUGGCCAGUCCUCUUUACAAGCUGAUACCAGUCCCUAUGGAAGACUCAGAGAUGUUCCUCUUGGAGGCCAAUCCUCUUUACAAGCUGAUAUCAGUCCCUAUGUAAAACUGAGAGAUGGCCAAUCCUCUUUACAAGCUGAUACUAGUCCCUUUGCAAGACUGAGAGAUGUUCCUUUUGGAGGCCAGUCCUCUUUACAAGCUGAUACCAGUCCCUAUGGCCGAUUGAGAGAUGUUCCUCUUGGGGGCCAAUCCUCUUUACAAGCUGAUACCAGUCCCUAUGAGAGACUGCGAGAUGUUCCUUUUGGAGGCCAAUCCUCUUUACAAGCUGAAACCAGUCCUUAUGGGAGACUGAGAGAUGUUCCUCUUGGAGGCCAAUCAGCUGCAGACGUUUCUCAUAGUUGGAGUAGGCACACUUUUUCUCAAGGCAUUGAUCAUUUUGCUCUUAGUAGAACUUAUGAUUGUCCCUCUUCCCCAGGCUUAUGGACACCACCGGGAGUUGCUGGGAUCAAUUCAAGAAGCAUUAAUGAAGCUAGUUGGGGAUUGACAUCUCGAAAAGGCGGUGUAGAACUUAUCAGCAGUGGAAGUAAAUCCGCAAUUGUGACUAAUACAACUAUAGAAAUUGUGGUUCCUGAGGAUACUCUAUACCUUGUAUAUGGGGAAAAUGGUAACAAUCUGGCUCGACUGAGACAGAUUUCAGGUGCUAAGGUUGUUAUCCAUGAACCUCAUCCUGGAACAAGUGACAGGACUAUUGUCUUAUCCGGUUCACCGGAUGAAACCCAAGCAGCGCAGAACCUUCUCCAAGCAUUUAUUCUUGAUGGAUCAUCGUAA